CGUGCGGUCACAGCGGGAGGAUGAACGACCAGAAAUGUAGCACUUUAUUUCUGAAAGCCAGAGGACGGACCAGCGUCAUACAAUGUGUAUAUGUAGUGGGCUUCAUGGACUUGUUUGGGGUGAGCAUGAUCAUCCCACUGCUCAGCCAUCAUGUCAAAGCUCUUGGAGCAAGUCCCACGGUGGCUGGGAUUGUAGGAUCUACAUAUGGGAUCUUACAGCUCUUCUCAAGCACAGUUGUUGGCAGCUGGAGUGACGUGGUGGGACGGAGGUACUCUCUGCUGAGCUGUCUGCUGCUGAGCGCUCUAGGCUACGGCCUUCUCGGGAUGUCCACCAGCAUCGCUUUGUUUGUCCUGGCACGGAUACCUGUGGGGCUGUUCAAGCACUCCCUGUCCAUCUGCAGAGCCCUGCUGUCUGACCUGGUGUCUGAGUCAGAGCGCCCUCUGGUGAUGGGACACUUCAAUGCAGCCUCCAGUGUUGGCUUCAUCCUGGGUCCGGUGGUGGGUGGCUACCUCACGGAGCACGAAGGUGGCUUUUAUACAUCGUCCUUUACCUGUGCAGCUAUCUUCCUUAUUAAUGCAGGGCUGGUGUGGAUGUUACCGUGGAGCGAGGCGCUAAAUCACCGUUUUGACACUAACUCCAGCCACAACUGCAGUAAGUCGGUUCACAAUGGCUCUCAUGCAAACAGUCAUCGGUCUGUGUUGGCAGCAGAGACUGAUCCAGGCUCCAGAGCUGCAGGCAAGCACCGAGGUGGUCUCAGGUGGAGGGAGGUGUCUCUGCUGCAGCCUGCCUGGAGACAGCUGUCCUCGGUGGGCUCCAAGAUCCACAUGGUGGCCUCCUCUGACAUGUGGGACCUGUUCCUGGUGCGUCUUCUGAUGGCCAUAGCUAUCAUGCUUUACUACAGUAACUUCUCUCUGGCAAUGGAGGAGCGUUUCUCACUUAAACCAAAGGUGACGGGUUAUCUGAUCAGCUAUAGCAGCACCUUGGGGGCCCUGGCUGGGUUCUUGGUGGGGCCGGUCACCCAGCUUUAUGGGAACGACAUGCCUGCUCUGCUGCUUCACUCCACAGUUCUCACCUGUUCACUCAUCUUACUGUACGCUGCUGCUUCCAGUGUGUGGCAGGUGCUGCUCACCUCCACCUUCUUUGCCAUUUCCACCUCUAUUGGACGGACAUGCGUCACAGACCUGGAGCUGCAGAGAGGAGGGGUCCAGGCCAGUGGGACUCUGAUCGGAGCCGGGCAGUCAGUUACAGCCGUUGGCCGAGUCCUGGCCCCUCUCCUCUCUGGUCUGGCCCAGGAGUUCAGCCCAUGUGGUCCCCCCAGUCUGGGAGUGGUCCUAGCUCUUGCAGCUGUAGGUUUACUACUCAUCAGGAUCCCCAAAUGGGACAGGAGAAGGAUGGCAAAAAUAGCCAAACUCUGAGUAACUGAAUGAAUUUAAAAUGACAAAAGCGAAUGCAAAUCUACCACACGGAGAAGUGCUCUUAUUUGUAGGCCAGCUGUGAAGAUGAGCAGCGGACUCAUGAAGCGAUGUUUCCUGCUCAGAUGCCUUUUCCAGAGGAUGCAUCACAGGGUCCAAAUGGCUCGUCACCACCAGCACUGCAGUCCGUCUCGCAGGAAGAGCGGCUUCACACCUCAAGCACAGCGUUGAGGUGAAGUCAGGGUGGAGAAGUUUAACCCGCUUCCCCCUGUGCUAAAGUUUGAUCAGACAGAAACAUAUGGGCCUUUAUUUUGGCUCACACUACUUUGGACAGCUUGACUAUAAACAUUGCACACUUUUAUUUUUAAUGCAACUGUCUAACCACUACAUUGCCCAAAGUCCCAGGUGCUACUGUCAACCUGCAGAUGAUAAACUGCAAGUCAAAAUAACCUCAACUGCAUCACCAAAAUACAAGACAAAGGUGAUCCUCCUUUAACAUCUGAGGCAGUAAUGCUCCAGACAAGGUAGAUCACAUGUUGUAGAAAUAGUAAUAAUUAAUAACACACUUUACCUCAGUGCCAGUUGUUUGUCUUAAUGCACUACAUCAGGAAUGGUUCAUACGGUGGAAUGUGAGCAAAUGUUUGCUCUAGUUUUUAAUUCUUCAGUUUUACAGUUAGGGAUUUCUUAAUUUAUCUUAGACUAUGCUUACAUGGAGAUUCAAAGAAAAAAAUGUUUAAGUUUCAGAUAUAUACUGAGCACCACUGUUUUUAAAAACCCAAAUGUUAAGAAGGAAAAUGGUAUAAUGUACAGAAGUCAGUGAAUCGAUGAAGUAUAUGCCAAAAAGUCACAAGGAAUAAACAGCAUUUGUAUGU